AUGCAAAACCUGCUGGUAUCUUUUUCUUCUAUAAUUAUUCAGCGCUUUGUCCCGGAUGGCAACGCUUCGCACAUCCUGUCUUUCGUCAUGCAAAAGCUGAACAUUCCGUCAACAAUUGAUUUUCACACUGCAUUAUACAUGUGUGCUGCCCCGUUCCAAAGUAUGGAAAUGCCGGAAUACUUGUCACGGUUCCUGAAAUGGUCGCAGUGGAUUGUUCCUGGCUACAUUUAUGGAAUGUUCAAGUUAUCACAACUGCGUUGGUCAAUGUUAUCAAGAACCGCGAGGAAACUGUCGACGCGACAGAAUCAUACGGACACUAAGCAUGAACAAACACAUGUCUCUAUCACAGAGCUAUGGCAUGCAUUGCACAACAUCGCGUUUGGGCUGCUUGCAUGGAGCACCGUAAGGAUGAAAUAUCUUUGGACUCCGCACCUCCUACUCGUCGCAUCCAUUGGUCUGAUCCAUUUGCACUCAAUCGUCAGCACUGCAUGCAUCUAUGCUGUGAAUGGUCGUCUAACAUAUCGGACGCGCCAGCAUCUACCCACAGAUGAAAUUGUUCAACACAGUAAAGGAUCACGUCAUCAAGAAGCCAAAGAGAAGACAUCAAAUAUGCACUCUCGCUGGGCCCGCUGGAUGACCUACAGUUCACUCUGUGUGCUUGCAUCCCAUAUCGGUCUGAGGACAGCUGCGGAGUUUUCGCACAGUCUGCAGGAACUGGGUGAAUUCUAUGACCCGGACACUGUUGCAUUGAUGGAGUGGAUUCAAGGAAAUACAGACCCAAACGCUAUCUUCACUGGCUCAAUGCAGCUGAUGGCUGGAGUUAAGUUGUGCACCGGACGGCCGAUUGCAAACCAUCCACAUUAUGAAGACGCUGGGCUUCGUGAACGAACCCGAAAGUGGCCAGAUUUGUGGGUUCGUAACAACAACCUGGUCCGAACAGGCCAACUCAAUGCUGCGUAUACAUUGGACACGGCUACUAGAAUAUCGCUCAAGAGACCGGCUUUACACACCUUCCGAUUUUGCGAACAACUCAUUGACCUCGCACGAUCCAGCAGUCACUUUGGGGGAGCUCAUCUACGUCAAAUCACCAAAUUUUUCAAAGUGGUAUUUCAAAACCCCACGUUCUAUGUAUUCAAAGUGAAUGAGGCGAUUUGA